AUGCCCACCAGCGUCACCACCACGCUUUUCCUCCUGGCCUCGCUCAGCCUGGCUGCCUUUGCUGCCCCAGCCCGUCACGUCAGACCGGCCGGCCACGCUCCUGCUCCGGCACAGCCUCGAGCCAUCUACAUCAUCACGAAUGACCAGACGAACUCGGUGGUCGCCCUGCCUGUCGCGGCCGACGGCACACUGUCGACGGGGACGGUGACCGCGACUGGCGGACAGGGAUCCAACAGUGUAGAUGGAUCGAAUCAGCCCGCGGCACCUGAUGCGCUGGAUGCUCAAUCGUCCUUGACGCUGGUCGGCAACAACAUCUUCGCCGUCAAUGCAGGCAGCAACACUCUCUCCAUGCUGUCGUUCCCAGCCCAAGACCCAACCCAACUCACCCUGGUGGGACAGCCGGUCCCAGUGUCCGGCCAGUUUCCAAACACGGUGGCGGCGUCGGCCAAGAACAAGCUCGUCUGCGUCGGCACCACGGGCGCGGAAAAUGGCGUUUCAUGCUCGACCUUUUCGCCCCGCGGGCUAGGCCAGAUGGAUGCCCUGCGCUCCUUUGGCCUCAACCAGACCACGCCGCCAGUCGGGCCCCUCAACACCGUGUCGCAGCUGUUCUUCUCCGAAGACGAAUCCCGCCUGUUUGCCACCAUAAAGGGAGAUCCGGCCGUCAACAACACCGGCUUCUUCUCCGUGUUUUCCGUCCAACAGGCACAACCACAGCAACCGCACGCCGGGAACGGGAAAGGGAAGAGGAAGGCAAAGGCACCGUGUGCGGCGUCGUUGGCCACUCAAGAUAUCCGAAGCUCGCCGUCCGGAACGGCGGUACUGUUUGGAUCCCAGAACAUCCCUGGCACGUCGUCGUCGGUCUUCGUCACGGACGCGUCGUUCGGCGCCGCCGUGCUCGCGGUCGACCCGGCCACCAACCUGGCCUCGCUGGUCGGGAAGCAGGCCAUCGACGGCCAGAAAGCCACUUGCUGGUCCACCAUCUCGCCCGCCACGGGAAGCGCCUUCGUCACCGACGUCCUCGUCGACCGUGUGGUGGAAAUGAGUCUGACCGAUGCCACCAUUCUCUCUACCAUCGACUUGUCGUCCAACGGAGACCCCGGUAUGAUCGACUUGGCCGCCGCCGGGAACUUCAUCUAUGCUUUGUCGCCUGGCAACGGUACCACCGCUCCCGCCGUCACCGUGCUCGAUGUUUCCGGCGGCCAGGGCUCGGCGAAGCAGAUCCAGCAUUUCCAGCUCGAUGCUAUGGGCGUCGAUAAGAAUGCUGUGGGGUUGGUGGUUUUUUGA